AUGGAUGAAGGCGAACUGGAGAUGGCCAAACAAUGCUUUCUGCAUGCAGCGACCUUGGAGCCUGCUUGGGCAGAAGCCUGGAAUCGCUUGGCGACCGUCGAUUACCUUUUGGGGAACUACAACUAUUCCCUGAAAGAGAUUGACAAGACCUUGGAGCUUCAACCACGGCAUUUCGGAGCUUUGUCCGGCAAAGGUUUGGUGUAUUUGAAGUUGCAGCGUUUCCAGAAUGCCAUCGACGCGUUUCAGGAUGCACAGGAAGUCUGUCCAGCCAGUGACUCCAUGAAGCAGAACAUCGAUUAUGCACAAGCCUUGAAAGAAGAGGCGAUGUCAAUGCGCUUGUAA